CCCUUUCCCUUGACACCUGUUCGUCAAAAAAGAAAGGAGAGGAAGAGAGAAAGAUAGAGAAAAAAAGUUAUCAGGAACUUUUUUCUUUAGGAUAAAGACUACAGCGAAACUACUGACUGGAUCGUAACAUGCACAGAUGCGGCACGUGGGGAGGAAGAACUGAGAGAAAUUGACGACUGGCAACCCGUCUUGCCUUACUGCUGGUUCUGGCCUUCAGCGAGGGAGACGCUCACCUACCUGCCUUCAGACACGCAAUCAAGCACCUGAUUUUGCCUCAAAACAGCAGUCUAGUCAAAAUAAUCUUUAUGUGGUGUGUGUAACGUAACAUAUGGUUUCCUUUUGGACAAUGUACAGAACUAUGUUUUGCUUUAGAAACCUUGCAUUUGUGUUCUCUUCGUUUCUGAUUUGGUGGAUGGACAGUUCACUGGUCUAACGGAAGGAGUGGGUGCAUGGAGGCAUAAUAUCUGUGAUCGGCUGUGAUAUUUCCUGAAACAUAAAUACUUUGAACACUAUAUGUCGAUGGUGUCCAAGAAGAAGAAAAAAGUCUUCAUGAACACCGUAUCGCCAAUCCCAGUUUGUCUGUGGUUAUAAUGGCUCAUGAAAAUACUACUUGAAGACAAAAAAGAAGAAAACACCUUUUGAUAUUUCUUUGUAGAUCUUUACGUUGUACAAGAGACACGACACAAGGGAAUCGGGAGUGUGUUUUUCUUCUUUUCUUUAAGUGCUCUGGUGUCUGUAAGAUCUUUUUCUUUCUUGUUUCUUAAUUUUCAGUUUUUUUUUUAUAUAUACUUGCCUUGUUUUCAGUUAGAUCAAUGGCCAUUUCUUAGGCACUGGUUUUGGUUGGCAUCCCUUCCUUGCAAUAAUAACAUGUACAGAAACAACAGACGGCUGUUUUCAUCUUUAGUUCAUCCAAGACGCCAUUAGUUUGUUUGUGUGGUUGAAAAAGAAGAGAAAAAAAAUGCUUUGAGCCUCACUUAACCAUACGGAUUCUCACGCAUGCAAAUCCCUAUAAAACAGAAAAGGAGCCAAAAAAACAAAAACAAAACAAAAACAAAAAGACCUCCUUCCCCCUCGGAAAAAUAAACAAACAAAAACAAAUAUAAAGGUAAGAAAAUAAACCAAACUCUAAAACAAAGAAAAAAAAACACAGAAAGAAAAAAAGACAGAACAAACCAAUAGAAAAAAAAUAUACAUAUAGUUAGAAAAUAGAUAAAUAGAUAACGAGACGAGAGACCAGCGAGCACAGCAUCAGCCACGCACUUCCCAGCAUCAUCCUCAAGCAGCAUCAAGAUGAGUGAGGCAGACGAGAUGGACUUCGAGAUGGAGGCCAACAGGGAGGCUGGGAUGGAAGAUCUGGAGGAUAAUACAGGAAUCGAUCCUUUCCUGGAUUUCUUGCCCAAUUACAUCCUCUGCAACCAGUCCAAUUUUACGAACCUUCCACUUUGCAACAACAAGACUCUGGAGGACGAGACGCUGUUCGAAUAUGGCUUCAUCGUCGCCAUUGUCGUCCCGAUCAUCUUCGGGAUAAUCUUCCUCGUAGGUCUGUUCGGCAACACCCUCGUCGUCAUCGUCAUCAUCAUCAACAGACAGAUGAGAUCCACUACGAAUUAUCUUAUCUUUAGCCUAGCAGCGGCGGACCUCCUCUUCAUCGUCUUCUGCGUUCCCUUCACGGCUUCAGACUACAUGCUGAAGUCGUGGCCAUUUGGGCGAGUGUGGUGCCAGACGGUGCAGUAUCUCACCUACGUUACAGCGUAUGCGUCGGUCUACACGUUGUUACUCCUGAGCUUUGAUAGGUUCCUCGCUGUGGUCCAUCCGAUAGCUGCCUUGACAAUUCGCACGGAGCGGAACGCGCUGUACGCCAUCGCGGGCAGUUGGAUCCUGAUCCUGGGCUCGUGCAUCCCCGUGUACAGAUGCCACGGCACGAAAAGGAUCAAUUUCGACGACGAGAUCCUGAUCACGUGCAGCUUCCUGAACGAGGAGUAUAAUCAUAUGGCUUUCCACAUCGCCUUCAUCACCAGCAUGUACUUCCUGCCGCUGACGGUGAUCGUGGUUCUGUACCUGCUGAUCCUGAACCGGCUGUGGUUCGGCAUGCAGCCCGGGGGGAAUCGCAGCGCCGAGAGUAUUAGGGGCAAGAAGAGAGUGACCCGGAUGGUGGUCAUCGUGGUCGUCACUUUCAUUGUCUGCUGGUUCCCCAUCCAGCUGGUGCUGUUGCUCAAGUCCCUGGGGAUGUACCAGAUGACAACCUUCCAGAUCAUCAUGCAGAUUGCGGCUCAGGUCCUAGCCUACAUCAACUCCUGUGUCAACCCAAUCUUAUACGCCUUUCUCUCUGAUCCUUUCAGAAAAGCCUUCCGGAAGGUGAUAUCCUGCGGCCCGCAGCGCCGAGCGGCGAUCAAUGGCCGGACGGACUUCGAAAGGUCGAUGGAGACGCGGCCCCUGCGCCCGAGUCCCAACGCCAUCCCCAUGACCAACAUGGCGUCCAGCGACCAGCUGUUGACUCCCUCGUCCGCCAUCCUUCGCCACGAGACGACCAACACGACGACCACCAGCUUCACGAACGGCGCCGCGCGCGAGGACGGCGGCGCCAAGAGGACCCAGUCGCACGAGAAGCUCCUGAACCAGCUGGCGGUCAACAGCCCCGCGCAAGACUACGGGGGCGUGGGGGGCGGAGGCCAGGGCGAACACAACAGCCUCGAGGGGGGGCAUCCCGAGUGACUUCCUUACGAGCGAAAGCCUUUCAAAAGAAAAAAAAUGUUUCCUCGUUUUUCGUUUAUAUUUGUUUUUCAACAACCUCGAAAAAGGACUUCUCAAGUGUCAUCUUUACGAAAAAAAAGUGUUCUCCCGUUUUUCGAUUAUUGUUUUUCUUUGAGACAUUGCGUGUUUUAAACGCAGGGUCGAGAAACGACGAAGAAACGUACCAAGAAUAACUAAAUAUAAUAACGAAGUGAGUUAUCCACAAAAAGCUUAUGGCUCCAAAAGUGUAUGGUUACAAAUAAAUGUUAUCUUAUUAUCUUUAUUGUAAUUAAAAUAUCAGAAAUAUGAACUAGGCAUAUACACACAUAUAUACAUAUAAAUAUAUGAAUAUAUAUAUUUUUGUAAAUAAGCAAACUUAACAUAUAUUUAUUAAGAUACAUAAGAUGUUUACAUUAUAGAAUUGCAUAUUAAACGCAAAUAUUAUGUAACUGGGUUUCCAAUGGCGAUUUGUUUUUUAUCAUGAAUCAUUGGGUCCAUAAUGUUUCUUUAUAUCCGACUCUAUCAAUCUUCCUAAGACUUUUAUCGUAAAUAUUAAUCCAAUUACGAGAUUGUUCGAUGGGAAUGUCAGCUGAGGCGACGCACAACAUUUCAGCAGCGGCGAAAGAUCCCCUUCAGUCGCACUCCUUCAGUUGGUUCUACUUGCACCUUUUUCUAAGACUGCCGUUGGUGGGUGUCACGCCGCCGGAAGCUGAUC